UUUGGGGGCCUCAGGCCAAAUGUUGUUCAAGUGACCAAAUGAAAUGGGUCGCAAAGAAACACAUUAUCUGCAUACAUUAAAUUGUGACUCAAUGGCUCAGCAAGGCAUCAAAGUGCGCCCUGUGCUGCUAAAGCGGAACAGCCUGGAUUCAGUAGAUUUUAGGAGGCAGCCCCACCAUCGCAGGAGCAAAUCUCAACAAGUCCGAUUCAAAGAUGAUGGAACAGACAACCCACCUGUGACAGAAUCGGAACUGGAGGCAGGAGCUGCUCAAGGCCCAUGUGCUCUGGGUAAAACACAAACAUCCCAACCAUACCACCUAGUCAGUGAUUCCCCCUGUUUCUCUCCAUCUCACAAAGGAUUACAAAAUAUUGCCAUACAGACUUCGCCUAGCCUCAGGAAACACUUUCCGGUAUUUAAAAAGAAAAGAAUUACAACAAGCAAGUCCUUAACAGAAAUGCCAAGGGAAUCUGAAUAUUCCAUUCAAGUCAAUGGCAAUCUUUCUGAACAGGACAUAAUCUCUUCUAGUCUUUCUUACUUAAGCAUCACUCAGUGUUUAGACGAUGGACCGAGAGCAGCCAAUCAGCUAUUUCAAAAGGUGCCUAAAGCACAAAGCAAUGGGCCUGCCCAUUUGGUUUCAGAUAAAAUUGCAAUACUGGAAAAGGCAACUGUUUCUACCCAGGUCCCUGAAUACACACACCUGGGUUCUGCACAAGACAAUUUUUCUCUUUAUGGCCCGCACACACAAAUGGAUUUAAGCAGCCCAGGUCAUUCUUCUACAGCUAUAAGACAAUCCAGUGAGAACUGUUCAGUGCCUACGGGUGCAGAAAAAUCUCCCCCCUGCACUAGUGGUAGCUGCAACGAAGCCAGUGUGGAGCAUAAUUUGUGUGAAGAAAAAAACUAUACUGAGCUACUCACAUUUAAGGAUGACACUACUACUAAGGAAAGCAUUCUGUCAUCACCUCAGUUACACCACAGUUCAUUAUACUACUCCCUCCAAGAACAUCAGCAGCCAAUGCAGCAGAAAACAGACUCUGACCAUAUGACACUGACUAAUGGUAAACAAACAACAACAUCAUUCACCAACAACAAUGCAUCACCUUCUGUUCCCUCAUGUCAAGCUGUAAUGGAGAACAUUUCUACCAAUACUGAAGUGCCACAGUAUGACAACUGCUUAGAAGGCUUUCACAUAAAUGCCUAUCUUCCGGGAGCUGAAAUAAAACCACAGAACAAACAGAUUAAAGAAAUUAAUCAAAUUUACUUGGCACAUAGCGAGCUGUGUGCUCUGCAAGACAGGCUCCAGUCAGUUGAGGAAUCUUUGCAGUCAAACCAGGAGAAGAUUAAAGUCCUUUUGAAUGUAAUUCAAGAUAUGGAAAAGGCCAGAGCCCUCAAUGAAGGGCGGAACUUCUAUCGCACUGGCCAAGAUCUCAACAAUUGCAGCACUUGCCAGAACACGGCAUGUAUCAUUUACAGUGUAGAAUAUGACUUCAGACAACAGGAAGGCAGGUUUCACCAGGUUCUGAAGACACUGGAUGAAGUGGAGGACAGCCAUCCUGUAGUAUCUCUACAAAGGCAACCAUCUGAUCAUCCAGUCAUUGAGAAACAGGAAUUAAGAAGAAAGUCAAAGAAAAAGAGAUGCUUCUGGUGGAUUUGA